GAGUGGCUUGGGGGGCCUUUGACGUGCCCGAGGGGCGCGCGAAGAAGCCCCUGUUUGCCGCGGAAGCAGUGGGUCCACCCCAUGCUUAGCGCGCUCGCGGCAGGGGGCGGCAGGAGGCCAGCGCAGGCUGCAGAAGAUGUCAAUGUUACUUUUGAAGACCAGCAAAAGAUAAACAAAUUUGCCCGGAAUACAAGUAGAAUCACAGAGUUAAAGGAAGAAAUAGACGUAAAAAAGAAACAACUGCAGAAUUUAGAAGAUGCCUGUGAGGACAUCAUGCUUGCGGAUGACGACUGCUUCAUGAUACCUUACCAAAUCGGCGAUGUUUUCAUUAGUCAUUCUCAAGAGGAAACACAGGACAUGUUAGAAGAAGCAAAGAAAAACUUGCAAGAAGAAAUCGACGCUUUAGAAUCCAGAGUGGAGUCCAUUCAGCGGGUGUUAGCAGAUUUGAAAGUUCAGUUAUAUGCAAAGUUUGGGAGCAACAUAAACCUUGAAGCGGAUGAAAGUUAAACAUUUUUUAAAUACUUUUUAAAUUUGUUUAAUAAACUUGAAUAUUGUUUAAAAUGGAAAUUUCCCUUCUUCAAAUGAUAUGGAAAGUCAACUUUCUUUUUUUAAAAACUUGUUUAUUUAAUGGAAACUUGCCUAUUUUGACAUCCUGCUUAUUUAUUUUGUAUUUUUUAAAAGACCGUGUUGCUUGUGCAUGUUGCGUCACUUAGCUCCAGGCAGGGCUCCUGUCACGUCAUUAAAACCGUCCAGCAAU